AUGUCUCUGGUCCGCAAUCUUACCAGGCGUGCUCGCGCGCACACUCGUGGUGACGAGGCCCCUAACGUGCCGCGUUCUUGCACAGUCAAGUACGCCCCAGGGACAAUCAACCGCGCCAAAAUCUCUCUGCCAACUGAGUUUCUGUCCACAACUAACGUGCACGCUUUGACUGCGCCAGAUAUCAGAAAGGUCUCGGCUGAAUCAAGCACCACUUCUUCGUCAUCAGACUCGAUCCACUCUGACAAUGACUUCUCAAGUAUCGAUAAGAGCUUCCUCAGUGCCGACAACUCGUCUACCUCCGAUCUUUCGCCUGUGACCCCGCUUACACCCUUCUCGGACUUUGGCCUCAGUAGCGACACGAAAGACUUCUUCUCGAGCAAGCCUACUGUCAGCCUAACAACUUCGACACCUGCCUCCGAGCCCGUUCCUGCUAUUCCACAGCGUGCACCAAGCCACAGCAAGAAAGCACACGUCGAGCUAUCCAGACAACGCUCUCUCAAGAGAAGUCUUUCACCUCCUCCUACGGACAUCAACACUGUGACCACCCGUGACACAGUUGCUACGUUCUCCACUCCUGCCUCGAGACCUACCUCGGAGAAAUCAGCUCAUCCUUUCGGUCGUGAACUGGCCAAAGUGGACGAGGUCGCAGAGAGUUUCCGUGCCUCUGGGGCCGGCGUCAUACUCGAUGAGGAGGAAGAGGAGAUGCUAGCCAAAGGACUACACAAAUUCACCGUCAACGAUUAUCUUGCCGAGAUUACAGGCAUGACAGGCGGAAUCUACGAGGACAAAAUCAGGUUGAAUCCUUGGAUCUAA